CGGGCUGGGCCCCGCCCCAAACGGGGGUGGGGGCAGCCCCACAGGUCUACCCCGGGUGUGGGCGGAGCCUCCGGAGCCCGACGAAUCGCUCGCCCCGCGGAAGACGAGGAGUGUGUGGACUAGCGCUGCGCGGGGGCGGAGACCCCGCCCCCCAGGCGACGAUCCAAUUGGCCCCGAGCGGCGAGUCGGCCGCCGCGCCUGCGCAGCCCAGCGGAGCCGGGCGGCAUGGCGGGCGGGGGCCGGGAGGUCCUCACGCUGCAGUUGGGUCACUUUGCGGGCUUCGUGGGAGCGCACUGGUGGAACCAGCAGGAUGCUGCGCUGUGCGCCCCGACCGGUGCCAAGGAGCCGCCGGGAGAGCUGUGUCCGGACGUCCUGUACCGGACGGGCCAGACGCCGCACGGCCAGGAGACCUACACGCCCAGACUGAUCCUCAUGGAUCUCAAGGGCAGCCUGAGCUCCCUAAAACAAGAAGGUGGACUCUACGGGGACAGACAGCUGGACGCAGCAAUAGCAUGGCAGGGAAAGCUUACCACACACAGGGAAGAACUCUGUCCCCAAGUCCCUGGCCUCCAGGACGUUCUGAGUGCCGAGGGAGUGCUGAGUAGUGAUGGUAUCUGGAGAGUCAAGUCCGUCCCCAGUGGCCGAGGUGAGACAUCUCUGGGUGCUACCGGGUGGGGAACGGGGCAGAGCAGCAAAGGGAAGAACGUUUCGUUGGACUCCGCUUCAGGCCGCGCUCCGCUCACCACUGCUGCAGCCCCCAGACCACUGGUCCCCACGGAGGGCAGCAUCAGAGUCUGGUCAGACUUCCUCCGGGUCCAUCUGCACCCCCGGAGCAUCUGCAUGAUUCAGAAGUACAACCACGAUGGGGAGGCAGGUCGUCUGGAGGCUUUUGGCCAAGGCGAGAGCAUCCUGAAGGAGCCCCAGUACCUGGAAGACGUGGAGGACAGGCUGCACUUCUACGUGGAGGAGUGUGACUACCUGCAGGGCUUCCAGAUCCUGUGCGACCUGCAUGACGGCUUCUCGGGGCUGGGCGCGAAGGCCGCGGAGCUGCUGCGAGACGAGUACUCGGGCCGGGGCAUAAUGAGCUGGGGCCUGCUCCCUGGGCCCUCCAGCCGCAGGGAGCCCCUGAAAAACAUCUAUCGUGUGUUGAACACAGCGUUGGGCCUGGUGCACAUGUCCGCUCACAGCUCUCUGGUCUGCCCCUUAUCCUUGGGUGGGGGCCUGGGGCUGCGACCAGGGCCACCGGUCACCUUCCCUCACCUGCGCUAUGAUGCCACGCUGCCCUUCCACUGUGGUGCCAUCCUGGCCACAGCCCUGGACACACUCACUGCCCCGUACCGCCUCCGCUCUGCACCGGUGUCCAUGGCCCAGCUGGCGGACACGCUGAACUUCUCUGGGAAGAAGGUGGUGACCACAGCGGCAACCAUCCCCUUCCCCUUGGCCCCCGGCCAGUCCCUUCCUGAUGCCCUGGUGCAGCUGGGAGGGGCCGCCGUGUGGACCCCGCUGUCUGCAUGCGGAAGUCCUUCUGGGGCACACUGCUUUGCCCAGUCCGUGGUGCUGAGGGGUGUGGACAGAGCGUGCCACACCAGCCAGCUGGCCCCGGGGACCCCUCUGCCAUCGCCGCUGCACACGUGCACCGCCGGGGAAGACGUCUUGGCCCAGUACUUACAGCAGCAGCAGCCGGGAGUCAGGAGCUCCGCCCACCUGCUGCUGGCUCCCUGCACGGUGGCCCCCCCGUACCCCCGGCUCUUCUCCCCACGCCUCAGCCGGCACGGCUUGGUUGCAGACGGCCUCCCAUCCGGGGCAGCCGUGGAGAGCGUCCCAGUGCUCGGGGCCCUCUGCUCCUCUUCGUCCCUGAACCGGACCCUGGGAGACUUGGCCACAGAGCUCAGCAAGCUGGACGUGCGUCGCUGGGCCAGCUUCCUGGACGCGGGGGUGGAGCAGGCGGACCUGGACGAGGCGCUGCAGGAGCUGCGCAGCCUAGCCCAGUGUUACCAGGAGGGCCGCCUCGGAGGCUAGCGUUCUCCGAGCAGGACAGAGCUGGUGCACAAUAAAACUGCCAGCUGCAGAGCUCAGCAUUCUGGGACUGGCUACACCCAACUCGAGCAUCUAACACACCUAGAACCACUGGGAGGGGGUCACAGGACAAUAAAUACGUGCCGUCAGACCCAGGUGGCGGGGAGAGGGGAGGGCGGAAGCCACGCCCGCUCCCGCGAUGCUGUUCACGAGCACAUUCAGAAAGACCCGGAAUGCGGUGUAAGCUGGCAGAGCCAUCCCUCCCCCAUUGGCCUCUGCCCUCAGCCUCGGCCCCCCGCCUCCGGCCCUGCACCCAGAGCUCCAGGGGGUGCAGCCGAGCACAAGCCCUGCCCAUGGGGCCAGCAGAUGAUGCGCCCAGGCGCCCAGGGUCACGCGUCCAGCUCCUCCUCAGACAGGAGGUCCCCGCGGUCGGACAGCUGGUCUGCGUUGCUGGUGCUGGUCGCAUCCUCGUCCUCCUCGGAGCUGGCCUCGCACGCCGUGUGGAAGAGCCGCAUGAGCUCUCGGAAGCGGUGGGCGACCUGCAGCAGGAAAGGCAGCACGGGCACCGACUGUGGCCGCCGUGUCUGUUCGCCACAGCGAGGCCGGGAGCGCCGCGUGCCCCGCGCACCAGGGCGCUCCGGUCACAGGGCUUGUUAGCGUCUGGCCCCAGAUCGCACGGCUCCUGAACCAGCCUGCAAGAGCGUCCACGGGGCUCCUACUCAACAGCUCGCCGCCCUGACGCAUCAGGCCCCUCCUGGAGACCCACCUGUCCCGUCACACUUGGUGUCUGGUCUCCAGCUUGGCCAGCCCGCCCUCUCCUUGCCAGUCCGUGUGCUUGGACCCCCGGGGCCCAAAGCUCUGGCAGGACCUCCGCCACUCACCUCGGUCGGGGUCUUGUUCCCCAGCUGCUGGGAGAUGAUGCUGAACGUCUGCGGCUGUGCCCCCCGCUCCUGGCACAUGGUGAGAAUCACACGGUCGGCUUCUCUGGAACCCACAUGCCACGAUUAACCGGAUUAGCAAACUGAAUGUGUCCACACAGUUUCCAAACACACAGCGGCAUGCCCCACCCCUACCUACCUUGUCCAUAGCACCACCUUCUCCCCGGUGGAGCUGACCUUGCUGUUGUUGGCACAGACUGUGGCUUCUGUGGUUUUCGGCUGCGGCUCGCCCGCUGGGCCCUUGCCCUGCACCCCACGGUCCUUAGGCAAACCUCCCCUAAGGGCUUUGGAGGAAGGCUCUGAGGUGUCCCUUCCUGACGGAGACUCGUGGACGGGGGACAACCUGUGUGCAGUCUUCACCCCAGCUCUGCCCGACAGCAAACAGCUGCCUGGGCCGUCCGAAGCCUCAGACAGGCGCCUCCUUGCCACGUCUCUGGUCCUGGAGGAAACGGGACUCGGGGAGGAAGCCGCGCUCUCCUCGGUUCUGGGCCACUUCUCAGCUGCCGGGGCGUCCCAGACCAGCACGCAAGGCUGUGGCUCAUCCACCGCCUCCUGGUCCUCGGCCUCAUCCUGAAGUCCGGGGGCUGCCUCAGCCUGGUUUCUCCUAACCACACAGAGCAGGGCUCCAGGACUGGAGGGGAGCUGGGCAGUCUCAGGCGAGCUGGGCCGGGGGUCCUCCAGGGUGGGCCGCUCUGUAAGGAUCACUUCCUGAGUGCUCCCCACUGCCGAUCCUGCUUAGGAGGAAAGUAAGGGGCUGAGAGCAUGCACGGGGUCAGGGCACAGCCUGACCGUGGCCUUCGGGGCACAGCCUGGCGGGGUCCGCAGGGAGGAGUGUGCAGUCUGGGGGCUUCAUGCUCCCCAUCUUCGGGAGGACAGAGACCACAGCACAGCAAGUUGAGGCUGGGCAGGAGGAUCUCCUAUGACUUGUUAGUAAAAGAGGGGGCUAUCCAUCCUGGCUCAGAGCCGCUCUUGCUGGAAGUUUGUAAGAAGAACACAGAAAUGGAGGUGGCAGGGAGGCCAGGCUGGCAGAACCUCACCUGGCCCGGGCACAGCUCCCCUGCCCGGCGGGUCCGGGACAGCCUCCACGCCUUCCCGCUCAUCUGGGGCUUCCUCCCCCAGCAGGCUCUUGCCCGGCCCAGCCUCCUUAACCGAAGGUACAGGGCUGGCCUCCCGCUGGGGGCUGCUGCCCGACUCGUGGGGCUCCUUGCUCUUGUAGGCCCUGCCGUCACAGACCUGCAGAAGAGCCUCCAUGGUCAGGGGUCUCCCCACUGCCGUUAUCUAGGGUGACCGAGGCCCGCACCUGUGCCCGCGAGUCCACCAAGUCCACCUGCUCCACCACCUUCCAACAGCUCAGAGGGUACCUGAUUCUUCCACCCGUUCCCCGAGCCAGCACUGUAUCUUUGCUGUCAACCAACCCCACCCUAGAGACCCAGGUUACUUCGAGGGUCUGUUUUCUUGACAGAAGUGUAUCUCAUCAAAAUAAAGCAAGCAAGCUGAGAAAUAAA